AUGACAGACAAUCUUGAAAUAAGCGCUGUCAAGGCGUUUGAUAUGAGCGGUGAUCCAAACACACUGGGUACAAAAUGGCUAAAAUGGCGCCGUGGAUUUCAAUGCAACGUAGAUGCGAAGGCGAUUACAGCCGAUGCCCGCAAGUGUUCGUUGCUUCUCCACUGUGCGGGGGAGGCAGUCCAAGAUCUUUUUGAGACCCUUACAGACCCUGGCCCAGCCGUUACGGUGGAUGCUGACGGCCGUGCUGUAGCUGAUCGGGCUACCAACUAUGAAAAGGCAUUACGUACACUCAAUGCACACUUCGUACACAAGGUUAACGAACCAUACGAAAGACAUGUGUUUCGGGCUAUGCAGCAGGAAGCAGACGAAACUGUGGAUCAAUUCGUGGCAAGGCUGCGUAGACAGGCACAGUUUUGUAACUUUACUAACGUUGAUGCGGAUAUUCGGGAUCAGGUUAUCGAUAAAUGUAAGUCAUCCAAACUUCGUAGGAAACUCCUAGAAAAAGUUGAUCUGACUCUAAAGCAAGCACAGCACUUGGCAAGAGCUCUAGAAGCGGUCGAUUACCAAAUGAAGUCAAUGGACCUAGGCACUAGUGAAAAAGCUGACUCAGGUGCAAGCUCUGGUGCUGACUCUGUAAAUCGUGUUUCACACUCGUCCAAGAGGGGGAGUGCCAGUGGCGGCAAGCCCAAGCAUGAUUACAGAGGGCCCAAAGGUGGUCCAAAAGGGCAGAAGAAAGGCAAAUAUUAUCGUUGUGGCAACGAAGGUCACUUUGGUAAAGAUGAUUGUUGUCCUGCUAAAAAUGUAGAAUGUCGCAAAUGUGAAAAGAUGGGACAUUUCGCCAAGGUUUGCAGAACAAAGCAAGGCCACAAGAAGCAGUAUCACGUGACUGAGUCCAAACGGGAUUUAGCUGACGAGGAGCUGUAUUCGAUAUAUUCGGCGAGAGAUUCAAGUUCAGAAAUUCAGGUCGAUGUUGGUGUGUCAGGCAAAAAUGUGCAAUUCACCGUCGACACUGCCGCAUCAGUGUCAGUCAUUCCGCAUGAGUUAUAUCAGGAAAAAUUCAAGGAUGUGUUGCCAUUGUCUCCAACCAAUGUGAAAUUGAAAAGCUAUUCCGGUGAUGAAAUUCCAGUCAUGGGCGAAUUUAAGGUCGAGGUUUGCUACAAUGGGCAAACGGCUUCGCUCCCUCUGUUCGUCACCAAAGGCGAAAGAGUAGCAUUGUUUGGGCGCAAUUGGCUUAGUGUGAUCAAGCUAGAUUGGCAUCGUUUGUUCAGUGUGAUGUCACUCACAAGUGAUCCUGAAAUUCAGAAAGUGUUAGAUAAGUACCCUCAUGUGUUCUCAAAUGAGAUGGGUACCAUCCGUGGCUACAAGGCCGAUAUUCGCUUGAAAGAAUCAUGUAGUCCGGUGUUCAAGAAAGCUAGGCCUGUUCCAUAUGCUCUAAGGGAGAAAGUAGGCCUAGAGUUAGAUAGAUUAGAGAAAGCGGGUGUGUUGGAAAAAUGUACCACAAGUGAAUGGGCAUCACCCAUUGUUGUUGUACCUAAAAGUGAUGGACAGAUUAGGAUCUGCGGAGACUAUAAAGUGACAAUAAAUCCGCUGAUAGAGGAUAAUGCGUAUCCAUUACCAACCUCAGAGGACUUGUUUGCAACGCUAGCGGUAGUGAGAAUCCUAGGAAACCAGAAGGGUGUGGCAAGCAUUCUCGAUGACAUUCUCAUUGGGACCAAGAUUCCCGAGCACGUGGAUAGCCUGGACACAGUGCUAAAGCAGUUGGCAGAUCACAAUGUGGUUGCCAAAAGACCUAAAUGCAAAUUCAAAGUUCCAGAAGUGUCCUACUUUGGACAUAUGAUAAACGCUGAAGGUCGCGCAUGCAUGAAAGACAAGGUUGAUGCAAUUCUGAAUGCGAGAAAACCGGAGAAUGUAUCCGAACUGCGUACAUUUCUAGGGAUCGUGGGGUAUUAUGGGUCGUUCAUACCCAAUAUGUCGACCAAGUUCGCCCCGCUAUACAGGUUGUUGCGCAAUGAUACUCCCUGGCAGUGGUCUCAUGAGUGUGAUGAGGCGCCCCAAAGUGUUAAAGACGAACUGACUAGUGAUCGUAUCUUGGUUCAUUACGACCCUGCUAAGCCUCUCAUCUUAGCUACCGAUGCUUCGCCCACAGGAGUUGGAGCUUUGAUUUCGCACCGCAUGGAAGAUGGAUCCGAGAGACCGAUAGCUUUUGCGUCGCGAUCAUUGACCGAUAGCGAGCGUAAUUAUGCGCAAAUUGAAAAAGAGGGACUUGGAAUCAUUUAUGGAGUUAAGAAAUUCCAUAAAUAUUUGUAUGGCAGAAAAUUCGAGUUGAUUACAGAUCAUGAGCCGUUGACUACCAUAUUUGGACCAAAGACUGGGGUACCGACCCUAGCUGCGCUCAGAUUGCAGAGAUGGGCUCUGAUACUAAUGGCCUAUGACUAUACCAUACAUUACCGUCGAUCAAAGGAUCAUGCAAAUGCUGAUAUGUUGUCGCGCUUCCCAGUAGAUGACUGUCAGACUGCUACUGAGUUGAAAAUCAACUAUUUCAGUAUGGUUGAUGAACUACCAGUUUCUGCGGAGGACAUUAGUGAGCAAACUAGGAAAGAUCCGAUCUUGUCACGUGUGUAUCACUAUGUCAUGCAUGGAUGGCCAGACCAAGGGAAAGAUCCGGACAUAGUCGAGUAUUGGAAACGUCGAGAUGAACUUUCCGCGGACCAAGGCUGUCUGCUAUGGGGAAUUCGCGUGGUGAUUCCGCCUAAGUUCCGUAGUCGCUUGUUAAAGGAGCUACAUCAUGAACAUUUUGGGAUGGUUCGCAUGAAAGCGAUGGCAAGAAGUUAUCUAUGGUAUCCUGGUAUCGAUGUGGAUAUCGAAGCGCUGGUUAAAUCCUGUGACGCGUGUCUUGCUUUCCAAAGCAACCCAGGACCAGUACCAUUGAUUCCAUGGCCAUACCCAACCAAGUUUUGGGAACGUGUGCAUAUUGACUUUGGAUACCUUGAACAGUUGAACUAUUUGCUGCUAGUUGAUGUUCAUAGCAAAUGGGUUGAGAUUGAACUGAUGUAUCAGAACACCACUGCUGAGAAAACCGUUGAUGUCUUACGCAGUUGGUUCGCGCGCUUCGGUCUACCGAUAGAAUGCGUUUCUGAUAACGGCCCUCAAUUCAUAUCGCAGGUGUUCGAAGAUUUCUGUAGCAGAAAUGGGAUUAAGCACACACUCUCACCCCCAUACCACCCUCAGACAAACGGGGCUGCUGAGAACAUUGUCAAGGAAGCAAAGAAGGCUUUCAAGAAACAUUACUAUGCAGAAAGGAAGGGUUCAGAACCCAAAUUGUCGGCAAAGCAACGCGUCGAUGAUUUUCUUCUUACAUACCGCAGUACACCGCAUUGUACAACGGGUCAGUCGCCCGCUGACCUAGUUCUGAAACGUGGACUUAGAACCCGUUUUUCUAUCCUCAGACCAGACUUGAACAAGUCUGUGACUCAGAAGCAACAGAAGAUGGUGGACAUUCAUGAUCAACGUGGAGUGAAAAUGCGUACAUUCAGUCAAAACGAGGUCGUGCGCGUUAAGAAUACGAGGGGAGGAGGAAAUGUGAAAUGGCUCCCUGGUAAAGUGGUGAAAGUGCUUGGACCACAGUCAUAUGUCGUUCGCGUUGGAUCUCGCAACCGCUAUGUUCAUGUUGAUCAUUUGCAGAAAAGUGGCGAAACUGAACCUGCAAGGUUAGAGUCUGAAGGACCGCAGCCCGCUCUUAUUGUGGAAGUUGUGUCACCCGAUCCUGUGGACACUCCUACUCCGGGUUCUUCUGUUGGUAGUGCAUUGGCACCGGUAUCUAACCCCAAUGGGUUAAACGAGCGUUCUGAGGUUGGUGGAACUUCUCCAAGAUACCCAAGACGAGCAAACCGGAAAGGACCAGACAGACUGAUUGAAAGUCAUGGGUGA